AUGUAUACACAAGCUAUUCUAUACGCUCUUGCCAUCGUCCCACUCGUUUCUGCCCAUGGCAAGAUCGCAGUUGUCACUGGUGAUCUUGGUGGCAAUGGUACCGGGCUCGGGAUUAGGGGAGCAGCCGUUGCUGGGGCCGGCCCAAACUAUCUGACCGAGGUCGACACGACUGUGUUUUGGUCAAGCGACAUCACUACUGACGAUGACAUUGGCUAUACUGAUGAAGCUGGUAAGAACCACCUCAGCGAUCUCGACAAGGCCAUGGAACUCUCUGGCAAUACGCUUCCACAGGUCAGCAGCGGCGGAUCCAUCAAAGGUACAUAUCAUAUCGUAACCUCCGACGGAGCUGGCCCUCUGGAGGCCCUAGUGGACGAAACCGCAACAGCCAAGUGGUCAGAAGCCAAAUCUGCAGAUGUGACAACCCAGGUACCUGGCGAUGACGGGUGGAUUUCGACUUCAAACAAGCGUGACCUGAUGAGCCGGAUGGUCGGUAGCCUUGCCAAGCGUAGAAAUGCUGUGAAUGUUAAUAAGGACUAUCCGUUUGCUAUCGAUAUCCCGUCUGGGACCAGCUGUUCGGGCACUGUGAACGGCUUGAAAAAUGUCUGCCUUGUCAAGGUAUCUAACAAUAACGAGAAUGGUCCGUUCGGUGGUGUAUUUGCUGUGCAGAUGCCCUCAUCGAGCUCUUCCAAGUAG